CUGGAGGCCAUUGUGGUGGAAAUGCAUGAUCCAAAGAAUGGAGUGAAAGGCUCAGUGCAGAAACUCAACGUCACCACCAUCCCACAUGCUGUCGCUGGAAGUGAUAUUAUAGCUUGGAUUAGGAACAAGAUGCAGAGCACUCCAGAAGAUGCUCAGGUCUUUGGCACCAUGUUAGUGGCAUAUGGCUUCAUCUAUCCCCUGCAGAACCACAGGAAGCUGGUGAUGUGCAACGACUCCAGCCUCUAUCGCUUCCAGACUCCUUACUUCUGGCCAGUGCAGAAAUGGGUUCCAGAGGACUCUGAUUAUGCGCUACACCCAGAGUGCUUUGGAUUGUGGCCCGGAUCGACUUGUUGACCCAAAUGUAGAAGAGAAAAUCACCUUUGAUCAAUACAGACGUGUGAACGUGUUCUACCAACAAGCCAUCAUGAGGCCAAGGGUCAAAUCUAGCGUGUCCCUCGGAGCGUUGGUCAAAUACAUUACAACCUACAAAAACCACGACCCUUUCUUGGCUUCAUGUCAGCCCAGUAAUCCCUGGCAAACAGACCAUGAUGCAUACUGGACUCUUAACGUAAGGAGAGUUGAAGUUCCCACUAAGAUGCGAGUGGAGCGCUGGUCCUUCAGCUUGUUUGAGCUCCUGACAGACCUGCGAGGCCGGGAUGAUUUCAAGAUAUUCCUCAAGAAGGAGUUCAGUGGACCUUUCUGGCCCCUGGAGCCCCCCGCUGGAUCAACAUUGAUGGCCGGACGAUGGGUCUGACUGUGAAAGGCCUGGAUCAUCCUCACCGAUACGUCCUGGAAGCAGCUCAGACACACGUCUUCAUGCUCAUGAAAAAGGACACUUUCUUCCGUUACCUCAAGUCACCAACGUACAAAGACAUCCAGAAAAAGGCACUGAACCCUGAACCCCAUAACUUCAGCCCAGCCCAGCUGGAGCAAAAUGCUCGAAAUCGGAGCCCAGGCAUUCAUCCCAUCAUCCUCUGGCAACAAGAGGAGGAGGAGAAGACCAAGGCUGCUGCUGCCGCCGUUCCGGUUGAUGUCAAAGCUGUGAUGAGCAAAAUAGACAGGAAAAAGUAGUUUGAACAACAGAUAAAGGAGCAUAGAAAUACUAACAGUGAAAGUUAGACUUAGCUCGCUUUAUGUUUGUCACUCUUACAGUUCUCAAGCUGAAGGGCCCUAAAAAGACAUAAAAUAAACUGAAAGACAACCUUGAGUAUAAAAAGUAUAUUUACAAAUGAAGGGAUGGAUUAUAAAGACAUGAAACUUUAUGGCAAAUAUGCGAUUAACUUGCUGGAUUGUGAAAAGGAUGUUCAGAUGCCAAGAUAAGAAAAUUAUUGUUUCUGUAAACUGUUCUGUUUUAAGCUAAUGUUUUAGAAAACAAAAUAAAGAAAUGCUUACAUACUAA